AUGGCAAGCGCAGUUCUUUCUCAGAAGAGAGUGCUCGGCGAAAGCCACACUCGUCAGAACAUCACAACCUCUCCCUCCUCGACGAAAAAGCGCAAGGUCGAUGCCAUUCCUUCAUCGCCGGCCGCCGCCCGGGUUCCUGGCUCUCAGAACGACCGCCGAUCUAAGAUGGCAUCCAGCCAGCCCAAGAGUGCUUUCGAAUCAGAAGUCCUCGAAAAGCUCAGUCAGGACUUGUCUGACCGGAAACGAAACAACACCGAAAAGGAUCAAGCAUGGGACCGACCUCCCGUUGUCGACUUCGUACCCGAACGUGAUAGUCUCUGCUUCCAGUCCAUCGAGGCCGAGGAGGGCACAUUAAAUGGCGGAAGGGCUACUGUCAAACUGUUUGGUGUGAACGAGGCGGGAAACUCGGUCAUGAUGCAUGUCACUGACUUCAAGCAUUAUCUCUAUGUUCCUGCUCCUGUCAACUUCCAACCACAGGACUGUGCAGCUUUCAAGGCAUAUUUAGAGACACAAGUUGCCCAACAUCAGCCAACGAUCCACUCAGUUGCUUUUGCCAUGAGGGAAAACAUUUACGGGUUUCAGGGCAACCAGUCUAAGCCAUAUCUGAAGGUCACUGUGACCGAUCCUAAGUUCAUAAACAAGGUCCGAACAACAAUCCAGAGUGGUAACGCCAAUUGGAAAGGCAUGUGGAGGAAUGAUGGUGAAGUCCAGACUUUCGACAACAUUCAAUAUCUGCUCCGAUUUAUGGUCGACUGCAAGGUCCGAGGAAUGUCCUGGGUAGAAGCUCCAGCCAAGGCAUACAAGCUUAUCCCCGAUCACGUUCGCCAAUCAAACUGUCAGAUUGAAGCUGAAGUGAGCUACCUCGAUCUUAUAGCACACGAGCCGGUUGGAGAAUGGUCCAAGAUGGCGCCCCUGCGUAUUUUGUCUUUUGAUAUCGAGUGUGCUGGUCGCAAGGGUAUCUUUCCAGAGGCAAACCAUGACCCCGUUAUUCAAAUCGCCAACAUUGUCACUCAAUACGGAGAGAAGAAGCCAUUUGUUCGAAACGUGUUCUGUUUACAGGAGACGAGUUCCAUCGUGGCAACUCAAAUUCUCGCGUAUGAGAAGGAGGAGAAGAUGCUGAGCGACUGGCAGAAAUUCCUCAUUAGAGCUGAUCCUGAUAUUAUCACUGGCUACAAUAUUUCGAAUUUUGAUUUCCCAUACCUGCUAGACCGCGCAAAGCAUCUCAAGGUAGCUGGGUUUGAAUACUGGACUCGAAUCCCCAGCAUGCAAUCCAGAGCCAAGGAGACAAACUUUUCAAGCAAGCAGAUGGGCAACCGAGAUACUAAAGCCACCAACACCAACGGUCGUCUGCAAUUGGAUCUCCUUCAGCUAAUCCAACGCGAUCACCAGCUUAGAAGUUACACCCUGAACUCUGUGUGUGCCAACUUCCUGGGCGAGCAGAAAGAAGACGUACAUCACACCAUGAUCACAGAGCUCUUCAACGGUACGCCCGAGUCUCGAAGGCGUCUUGCGCUGUACUGCUUGAAAGAUGCCUACCUUCCGCAGAGGUUGAUGGACAAGCUAUCGUGUCUGGAAAACUACACCGAAAUGGCAAGAGUCACAGGUGUACCUUUUAACUUUUUGCUGUCUCGAGGUCAGCAAAUCAAGUUCGUCAGUCAGCUGUUCCGAAAGGCUUUGGAGCAGAAGCUUGUAAUCCCCAAUCUCAAAUCCGAGGCCUCUGAUGAGCAGUACGAAGGAGCUACCGUCAUUGAGCCAACUCGAGGCUACUACGACGUUCCAAUUGCUACUCUGGAUUUCGCGUCUUUGUAUCCCAGUAUCAUGCAAGCCCACAAUCUCUGUUAUACCACCUUGGUGAGCAAGAAGGCAAUCGAAGCCUUCAACCUCCAGAAAGACGAGGACUACAUAAUUACACCAAAUGGAGAUACUUUUGUGACCACCAAGCAAAGAAAGGGUCUGCUGGCACAGAUUCUCGAGGAACUGCUGACGGCCCGUAAACAGGCCAAGCGCGAGUUGGCGGUUGAGACGGAUCCGUUCAAGAAGGCCGUGUUGAAUGGUCGUCAGCUGGCUCUGAAGAUCAGCGCAAACAGUGUGUACGGUUUGACGGGUGCAACGACAGGCAAACUUCCUUGUCUCGAAAUUGCUAGCAGUACCACGAGUUUCGGCCGAAAGAUGAUUGAGAAGACCAAGGAAGAGGUUGAAAGCCGUUACAAUAUCGCGAACGGAUAUUCACACGACGCCCAGGUCAUCUAUGGUGAUACCGAUUCGGUCAUGAUCAAGUUUGGCACCAAGGAUCUGAAAGAAGCUAUGAGACUUGGUGAAGAAGCGUCGAAGUUUGUAUCAGACAAGUUUGUCAAGCCGAUCAAGCUUGAGUUCGAAAAGGUGUACUUCCCAUACCUACUGAUCAACAAGAAGCGAUACGCUGGUCUGUACUGGACCAAACCAGAGAAGUACGACAAGAUGGACACCAAGGGUAUCGAGACGGUGCGACGUGACAACUGUCUUUUGGUACAGACAGUAAUUGAGAAAGUCCUACGGAUGAUCCUGAUCGACCAAGAUGUUCCAGGUGCACAAGAGUACGUCAAAGAGACGAUUGCGGAUCUGCUGCAAAAUAAGGUCGACAUGUCGAAAUUGGUCAUCACAAAAGCCCUUACAAAGGACGAUUAUGCCGCAAAGCAAGCCCACGUCGAGCUGGCGCAGCGGAUGAAGAAGCGAGAUGCAGGCUCGGCGCCGGGACUCGGUGACCGAGUGGCCUACGUCAUGGUCCGAGGCCCGGCCGGCGCCAAGAACUUCGAGAAGUCGGAGGACCCCAUCUACGUACUGGAGCACAAUGUGCCGAUAGAUACGCGCUACUACCUGGACAACCAACUAGCGAAGCCACUCGGCCGUAUCUUCGAACCCAUUCUCGGAGAGACCAAGGCGCGCUCUUUGCUUACAGGAGACCACACGCGAACCAUCUCAGUAGCGGCUCCUACCGUUGGAGGUCUCAUGAAGUUUGCCAAGAAGACACAGACAUGCAUGGGUUGCAAGAAGCCUCUGACAGGAAAAGAGGAGUCUGAGGGAGCCGUGUGCGCUAACUGCUCGCCUCGAGUUGGAGAACUUUACAAGAAGACGCUUGAUCGCGUGUCAGAUCUCGAGGUGCGCUUCGGGCGACUAUGGACCCAGUGCCAGCGCUGCCAGGGCAGUAUGCACUGCGAGGUUAUCUGCAGUAGCAAAGAUUGUCCUAUCUUUUAUAUGCGCAUGAAGGCCAAGAAGGAUCUUGAGGAUGCUGGCCGCGAGCUCACUCGCUUCGACGCCGACCAGGCGGCUAUAUGGUAA